CGACCGAGCUUUCGAUUGCGCUGCCUAAAGUUCACCACCAGCCACAUCUCACAACUGACUAGUGACGCUAUUUUACAGCGAGAAUGCGUCUCCUAUUCCCCGCCAUGUUGUUCCUGUCGGUCAUAUUGCUGUGUGCUGCGCAAGCGCAGUACCCGCGCCCUCGUCGCCCCGAGCGCUUCGAUACCGCAGAGCAGAUCUCCAAUUAUCUCAAGGAACUGCAGGAGUACUACUCCGUGCAUGGCAGGGGCAGAUACGGAAAACGUCAAAUGCAUAUAGCAGAUGCAUCCGUUAUCUUCAGGGAAAGUCCGUUUUUCGAAAACGCCAUGAAUGAAGGCCUCUUCAAGAACCUCGGCUAUAAGUAAAAUAACAAACAUCGACUAAACAAUAUAUAUAUAACCUAAGAUGAUGCCAAAAUAUGUCUAUCCUUCCUGAUUAUUUCACGUUAUCUGUAUAAGUUAAUAUUAUUUGUUAUAAUGCAGCAUAAAGUUAAUUUUAUUUUUAUUUUAAUUUGAUGCUACAGUACACAAUCCCCGAAAUAAGAUUCAGGCUGGGUGAUAUU